UUAUCGGCACUUAGAGUGACCAUACGCUAGAUUAUUUACAUCUUACACUACCAUGCGGCCACUAACGCAAGAUGAAACAACUACUUUCUUUGAAAAGAUUUCCAAAUAUAUAGGUGAAAAUAUCAAACUACUGAUUGACAGACAAGAUGGCACAUAUUGUUUCAGGUUACACAAGGAUAGGAUUUAUUACAUGAGUGAAGAAAUGUUGAAAAUAGGAAGUUCAGCAGCUGGGACAAACCUCAUUUCUCUAGGAUCUUGUUUUGGUAAAUUUACCAAAUCUGGAAAAUUCCACCUUCACAUAACAGCUCUUGAUUAUCUUGCACCUUAUGCUAAGCACAAAGUGUGGCUUAAACCCAAUGCAGAACAACAGUUUUUAUAUGGACAUCACAUAAUGAAAUCAGGGCUUGGGCGUAUCACUGAAGGUACAGAACAGUACCAGGGAGUCGUUGUGUACAACAUGGAGGAUCUGCCUUUGGGUUUUGGUGUUGCUGCUAAGUCCACUUUGGCAUGUAGAAAUUGUGAUCCAAUGACCAUUGUUGUGUUUCACCAAGCAGACUUAGGACAGUACAUCAGAGAGGAAGAGACCUUGACAUAAAUUUAUUUACUGGUAUUCUUUGUGUAUAUAUUUAAAUGGGACUAAGUAAUAAAAAUUUGAUGAAUUAGUAAUAA